CUUGCUAUAAUGUAUGAAAAUGGAAAAGGUGUUAAUAAAGAUUAUAAAAAGGCCGUUGAAUUGUAUCAGAAAGCAGCCGAUUUAGGAGAUAAUAGUGCUCAAAAUAAUCUUGCCCUGAUGUAUGAAAAUGGAAAAGGUGUUGAUAAAAAUUACAAGAAAGCCAUUGAAUUAUAUCGAAAAGCAGCAAAUUUAGGAAGUAUUAAUGCUCAAUAUAAUCUUGCUAUCUUAUAUGAAACUGGGAAAGGUGUUGAUAAAGAUUAUAAUAAAGCCAUUGAAUUAUAUCAGAAGGCGGCUGAUUUAGGAAAUAUUAAUGCUCAUUAUAACCUUGCUCUGAUGUAUGAAAAUGGAAAAGGCGUUAAGAAAGACUAUAAUAAAGCCAUUGAAUUAUAUCAAAAAGCAGUAGAUUUAGGAAGUAUUAGUGCUCAAAAUAACCUUGCUAUAAUUUAUGAAAAUGGAAAAGGCGUUGAUAAAGAUUAUAAUAAAGCCAUUGAAUUAUAUAAUAAAGCAGCAAGUUUAGGAAAUAUCAAUGCUCAAAAUAAUCUUGCUUUAAUGUAUAAUAGUGGAAAAGGUGUUAAUAAAGAUUAUAAAAAAGCUAUUGGAUUGUUUGAAAAAGCGGCAAAUUUAGGAAGUAUUAUUGCUCAAUAU